AUGGCCAACAAUGCUGCAUAUAAGAUGCCGCAGGUGAAGGCCACGUCUACAUCAUCCAAAACCACCUUCCACUUCGCCGCCGGCCUCUGCUCGGGCCUCACCUCCUCCAUCCUCCUCCAACCCGCCGACCUCCUCAAAACCCGCGUCCAACAGUCCCAACAAACCGCCGCCCUCCUCCCCACCCUCAAAGCCAUCCUCUCCUCCCCCAACCCAAUCCGCGGCCUAUGGCGCGGGACCUUACCCUCCGCGCUCCGCACGGGAUUCGGCUCCGCCCUCUACUUCACCAGCCUGAAUGCCCUCCGACAAGGACUCGCGCAAACACCGACGACGAGCGCCCUCACCGCCGCCUCGUCGUCCGCGCUCCCCAAACUCUCCAACUCGGCUAACCUCACCACCGGCGCCGCCGCGCGGGUAGCGGCCGGCUUCGUCAUGAUGCCCGUCACGGUGCUCAAGGUGCGCUACGAGUCGGAUUACUACGCCUACCGCAGCCUGUACGGCGCUGCGCGCGACAUCGUCCGCACCGAGGGCUUCCGCGGCCUAUUCUCGGGGUUCGGGGCCACUGCGGCCCGUGACGCGCCGUAUGCGGGUCUGUAUGUGCUGUUCUACGAGCAGUUGAAGCGAAGGCUGGCGACGGUGGCAGUGGCGCGGGAGGGCACCGGAGGAAGCAUCGAGCAGCCUCUCGGAUCGUCGUCAUCUUCGUCGAUUAAUUUCGUCUCUGGGGCGUUGGCUGCUGGUUUGGCCACGACGAUUACGAACCCGUUCGAUGCCGUCAAGACUCGGCUGCAAUUGAUGCCCGGGAAAUAUGGGAAUAUGAUGCGCGCGGUGCGCCUGAUGGUCCAUGAGGAUGGGGUGCGCAGUUUGUUCGGUGGUCUGGGACUCCGCAUUGGUCGGAAGGCGCUGAGCUCGGCGCUGGCGUGGACCGUCUAUGAGGAGUUGAUUCUCCGUGCGGAGAAGCAUUGGGCGGCGCAGAGUCAGAGUCAGGCUCAUGUAUAA